CUUUUCUCUCUCUUUCUCUUUUACACACAUUCAUUCGUUUAUUCAUUCAUUCAUUCAUUCAUUCAUUCUUGGUUUAUUCACAUCCCCUUCCGUUGUACAUUGCACUCUGAUUCAAUAGCUCUCAAUUUUCCUCCACAAUGACACAACAACUUGACCAAAGAGGCCCAAUCUCGGUUCGCCCAAUGGAGGAUGUACCAUCCACCUUUAUAUACGCUGGGGGCUCUACCAAUAAACCAAGCUCUGGAGCACCAACAGCAGCAGGAGCAGGAGCAGAGAAAGGAGGAAGAAAAGAGACAGAUGCAAGCGUUGGCACCGAGGGUAGGGAUGCAGCUGAUCGCUGGCCAUCAUUAGUGAAUAUCCGCCAAGUGAUCACAGCUCUUGUCCUCGAGACUAUUUCCACUACGCGUCCCCUUCGUGACAAAAUAAACGCCGUUGCACACCGCUCUUGGCAAGCUUAUCUUCGCUAUGCGGAGAUGUAUCCACUACUAACGGCACUUCUAUCCGCGAUCAUUUUAUUCUCUGCGGGCCCUAUCCUAGUUUUCGCUUGUGUCACAGGCGCGUCCUUGGGUUUCCUGGCCGGCAUAGCAGCUGUUAUCGUCAUCAUUAUCCAAUCCAUCGUAGUUACAAUCGCUGGAGCUAUCUUGCUUUUUGUCCUUGGAACAAUCGUCGUCCUGACAGUCUUUAUGUUCCUCUGUCUUGUGGCUGGAUACAUGGCUUUUAAGGGCCUAAGAGAGCUCGCUCUCAUUGUCCAUGGACAACGUCAACAGUACCAAAACCUGCAGCGACAUCAGCAACCACAACACAUCAAUCGUAGUAAAUCAGAUUCAUCGGAUGGCUCCACUGUCCAUGAGUAUUGAACGCUUGAACUUUUUGUGAUCGUCUAUCAGUGCAACAACAAUAGCAGGC